UCUCCUAAAGCAGUGCGUUUCAGACGCUUCAGCUCUGCUCUAAUUUCUUAUUCAGCACCCAUGUGUCUAUGCAAACGUUCAUUUGAAAUAAAAGGCUGAGUUAUUCAUGCUGACAGGGGAAGCAGCAGGCAGGCUGGAAGUGAAAGCAGCAGUGCUGUAUAGAUAAGGACUGCGAGUCCCGGCUGGGCACACGCCAGAGGAAGGAUCCACCGAGAACAGAGAAGCCAUGUCUGGAGAAGAUGAAAAACCUGAUGAUCCGGUUCAGAGAGAUCCUGUUCAGGAAGAACUGCUGACCAGACUUGACGGCGUGGGACUCUGCUCAGAGUACUGGCUCCCCAAGCUACGGGACAAACUGGGGGUUACCUCUCUGCAAGCUUUGAAACACCUGCAGUAUGAAGACUAUCUAAAGCUUGAGUGUGAAGUGGAGCACCCAUGGGAAAAGCGGGCACUUCAACAGCUUCUCAAAUUAAGAGGCAGCAAGACAACAAUGAAGCAGCUGCAGGAAGAGCGCUUGGAGAGGCUACAGAAGAAGCAAGAAAAAGCCAAGCUAGCACUGGAGGAGCUCAAGGAAAUGCAGGAAAGUGGCCGAAGCCGCCAGGAGGAAGAGGUGAAAUGCAAAGAGGAACAGCUGUGGGGAGCAAUGGAUGUACCCCGCGAGUACUGGGUGUCGUCUGAGAAGCCUUUGGUGGAGGUGAUAGAGAACAUGCAGAAGCAACUAAACGUCCUGGAGGAGUCGGUGUCCAAGGGGGAGAACAUCCCCGACGAGGAGGUGCUGAGGCGGGCGUCGGGAGGGCUGGCCCUGCAGGGCAUUUACAGAACAGACAAGCUUGAGGACAUGCUGGAGAAGAGAGAGCUGCUCAUCACCGUCCCAGACGGAUUCAAGCUCUCCGGCCCAGAGCAAGGGUCCCUGUUUGAGACGAAGGCGUUUUCCUCGUCCAGAGCAGAAUCCACCUUCACCAAGACCAUGGAGAAGCUGGGCUUCAGCACGAGUGUUGCAGCCAAAGGUGGAUUUGGGGGGUUUAGUGCCGAAACCAGCACAGAUUACAGCACAGCUUCAGAACAUGAAGAAACCCACAGGUCCCGCUCCGAGCACAUGUACAUUUGCACUGCCAAGUACAAUUACAUCCCUCUGGCCUCCUGCUACUUCCCAAAGGACCAGCUUCGACUGUCUAAUGCAGCACUGCAAGAGCUAACAGGGAUCGAGCAGCUUCUGAGUCGCACCCCGGAGCCAGACAGGCUGGAGAUGCUGAAGAGCCGGUGCGGGGGUUUCUUCACCAGAUUCGGGUCUCACGUCAACCAGGGCCCCCUCCACUUCGGUGGGAUCUUCUGGUGGAAAGCGUCUUCCGAGGGAUUUCGGGCAGAGCAGCUGGACGAGGUGAAGAAACAGACAUCAGAUGCCCUGAACUCCUAUGUAGGGGGUAGCUUCAUGGACUCUGGUUUCAGCGUUGCAGGGGUGGUUAAGGCAUCAAUGUCGAACUCUGCAGCAUCGUUCCAGGGUACAGGGAGAGAAAACCAGGAAACAAAGAUUCAGCUGUUUGUGACCAAGACAGGAGGCCCCCAUGACGUGGAUACUCUUGCACGAUGGAAAUCGGAGCUUGUGAUGAAUAACAAAACCUGGUGCGUUAUAGACCGAGGCCUCCAGCUGAUCCCAGUGUGGGACAUUAUCCUGGCCAAUCACAGACAGGACUUUGCCGAUGUUCAUCAGGUGAGCAACAGUCUCCGGGCUGCCUACACAGCACUGACAAACCAAAGCACCAGCCCAUUGUUUGGAGAGGGAUUAAUUAGCGCAGUAGAUGAGGCGAAGGCAUUCUUGGAGGAUCUGAAGACCUGGCACGUCACUGGGGAUGAAGAGCAGUUGUUGAAGUUAAUGGACUUCAAACAGAAGCUGAAUGAAAGAACAAAGGACUACAGCGUGUGGAUCAGCGUCUGCCUGUCAGACAAGGGGCUUCAGGACUUCUUAGAAAAGACAGUUUCUCUGUGCAGAGAGUUGCCGGCACAAAACACCUUUUCCAUCAGAUCUCGGCUGCGCUGCCUUCUGGACCCUCACGUCUACUCCGUGAAGAACUUCCCCCGAUCCUCUCUCAUAAUGCAAUGGGUUUUCCAUACCGAGGAUGCGUGUCCAAACCCCGUCAGCGUCUCGGACUUUUCAGCCCUUACUGAGACACUGCAGCAAAUGAAGAGUUACAUACAGGAGGUCACCUAUGAGCCACUGUCCUCUGCAGAAACCAUUCAAGAAGCAAAGGUAAAGGCUACAACACAUGUCAGCUUGGCUUUGUCUUCUCUACUGGAGGGUCUGCGGGAGAGAGCGCAGACGGACACAGAACUGCUACUGCUCUCCAUCGCCGCCAGCACCGGAUACCAGGUGGAAAGCCACACCUUUCAGCACCUCCUUGGAAGUCCCGACAUUAACUUCAUGCUAAGGGAAAUGCAAACA